AAACCGGUAUCACCUCGCGUGAUUAGGGCGUCGCGCGCGUGCCUGAGUGAUGAUGCGCGCUCGCGAAGGCGCGUAAAAUAAUCAAAAGCAGCUGUUAUAUAUAAACUCGCCCUCGAGUGCACGCGCAUCAGCCGCCUCCCUCGGAGAUCAGUGCGCUGGUUGUUUACACGACUUUCUUUUAUGAUUGUUGUUUUUAAUAAAUCGCUUUUAAGAAGACCGCGGUCUAAAGGUUUGUCGAGAUUGCCAAAGAAUGUUUCGUUGUGGCGCUUAACUUUUCUAUCACACACACACACAAACUGUACAGCCUUGUUUAAAAGAGUCGAUUCACUUAAGUGAUUCAUAAAUGGACGUUAUUGCGGAGUGAACGCGCGCAGAGACACGUCAGAGAUGGAGAACAGAAUGGAGGAAAAGCCAAGCACUGCGUCUUCUCGGAGUGUCAUUGUCACUUAUUAUGAAGGAGACAUUAACACGGUGGUGGAUGAACACUUCUUCCGCGCGCUGAAUAAAAACAGCACUCCUAAAGACCUGAGUGUUAAACAGAGAGAGAGACAAACACCACACAACACUGAGUCUCUGCGUCCUCCCUCAUGGUCUUCAUCCUGGUCCAGGAGAAGUGUGUGUCCUACUCCCACAAGUCACCUGGCCCCGUGUUUCUCUGCUGAGGAAGCAGUUCGGUCUUCAUCGGUGAUCGUCAGUCGGCCUGAAACUCCUGCUUCCUGGCGCCUACCUGAAAACUACGUGCUGACUCCAUUAGCGUACCAACCGUCUACAGCUCCGCCGUUCCACCCUCCAGAAUGAGGUGUUUGGACAUCUGAGAACAGCAAGGAUUUAUACUGCUGUAGACACGGGCAUAAAUCACGUACUACACCACCCCUAUACUACACCACUCACACUACAACACCCCUGUACUGCACCACUCACACUACACCACUCACACUACACCAGCCCUAUACUACACCAGCCCUAUGCUACACCACCCCUGUACUACACCACUCACACUACACCACCCCUAUACUACACCACCCCUAUGCUACACCACCCCUGUACUACACCACUCACACUACAACACCCCUGUACUGCACCACUCACACUACACCACUCACACUACACCAGCCCUAUACUACACCAGCCCUAUGCUACACCACCCCUGUACUACACCACUCACUACACCACCCCUAUACUACACCACCCCUAUGCUACACCACCCCUGUACUACACCACUCACACUACACCACUCACACUACACCACCCCUAUACUACACCAGCCCUAUGCUACACCACCCCUGUACUACACCACUCACACUACACCACCCCUAUACUACACCACCCCUAUGCUACACCACCCCUGUACUACACCACUCACACUACACCACUCACAUAACACCACCCCUGUACUAAACCACUCACACCACACCACUCACACUACACCAGCCCUAUACUACACCAGCCCUAUGCUACACCACCCCUGUACUACACCACUCACACUACACCACCCCUAUGCUACACCACCCCUGUACUACACCACUCACACUACACCACCCCUAUGCUACACCACCCCUGUACUACACCACUCACACUACACCACCCCUAUACUACACCAGCCCUAUGCUACACCACCCCUGUACUACACCACUCACACUACACCACCCCUAUACUACACCACCCCUAUGCUACACCACCCCUGUACUACACCACUCACACUACACCACUCACAUAACACCACCCCUGUACUAAACCACUCACACCACACCACUCACACUAGACCACUCACACUACACCACCCCUGUACUAAACCACUCGCACCACACCACUCACACCAUACCACUCACACCACACCACUCUCACUACACCACUCUCACUACACCACUCUCACUACACCACUCUCACACUACACCACUCUCACUACACCACUCUCACUACACCUCUCACACUACACCACUCUCACUACACCACUCUCACACUACACCACUCUCACUACACCUCUCUCACUACACCUCUCUCACUACACCUCUCUCACUACACCUCUCUCACUACACCACUCUCACUACACCACUCUCACUACACCUCUCUCACUACACCUCUCUCACUACACCUCUCUCACUACACCUCUCUCACUACACCUCUCUCACUACACCACUCUCACUACACCACUCUCACUACACCUCUCUCACUACACCACCCCUUGAAGAACCCUUUGAAGAAGAACUGACAUAACUCAUUCCCUGCCCCUCUGUAGAGCAUUUAUCAGCUUUGUGGUCUUUUAUUAAGAGAUCAGUGAAUAAUGUUAAACCGAUGACAAGUACCUGAGAAUAUAAUCUUCAUGAUGGAUCGUGUUGCUAAUUCUGGAGCUCAGAUGAAGGUGAAUUAAUAACGAGCUGAUUUCAUUAACAAAGAGCAGAAAUAGUAAGAAUCACCGCAGGUGAUAUUCAUUAUUAAACAGCACAUCAUUCAAAAUCUGACUUCCUGUACCUGUUUAGCUCCAGAAAAGAAGAUUGAGGGUUUGUAAUAUAUUAUCUAAUAAUAUUUCUAUAAAAUGCAAAGAGAGCUCAGGGAGAGAACAUGGCUCAGUGUAGGGCUUCACUAAGAGAAGAUGUUUUAACGUGUCAUGUAUGUUCUAUGUAUAUUGUAUUUCAUUUUGUUCACUAGUUUUUGUUCAGCAGUUCAGAUGAGAUUAGAAUAAAGCACCAGCAGGGGGCAGCACUGACUCACUUCUACACACUGAUGGUCUGCUAUCACUCUGUAGAGUUGAGAUGUUUACUUCCUCUCGUUGGAAGUGAUGCUUAAUUUCAGCUCUAAUAAAGUGCGUUAGAUGAUGAUGUGUAUAUCAUAAUCCAUCACGAAGCUCAUGCUGAACAUCCUGUAAACACACUCAGUAGUGUGUGUCUCUGCUCUUCUACACCUGUACGCUGGAAUGAUUUAUGAUGCCACUAUCUGGGUUCCAUUUCAGUCUGGUUCCUUUCACGGUUCCUUCCUCGUGUCGUCUCAGGGACUUUUUUUUCAAGCAUGUUGUUGUUGUUACCACUGGAUUGUUCAUUAGGGAUCUAAAUCUACAUGUGGAUUUCUGUAAACAAUGUUGGUGAAACUGUCUGUUUAUAAACACGCUAUAAAAAUAAAAAAAAAACUGUAUAGCACUAUCAAUGAUAAAUUAAUAAAAAGUGAAACUUGUA